AUGUGGGAUGAAUCACGCUUCUCACUUCCCCCUCAGUUCCCUUCUGCCGGUCGCUGCUGCUGCACUGUAUCAAAGCUCAAUGACUGCCUCAGUGAAGACUUUGCCAAUUCGGACAGUUCACUCACAGCUUUUCCCACUGCUCAAGCUGUCCUCAUUACCAAGACUGCUACGGACGUCCACACCUUCCGGACCUAUCAGACGUUUCGAGCUUUCGAGAACUUGCACGCCUUGCCACUUCUACAGGCCGUUGAGAACCGAGAGAAUGUUUGUGUCCGGAAGACCGUCAAUGUCGAUGUCGGAGCUGUUCAGAUGGUUUGGUGUGCAGAAACUGGAAGAGUUGCAGAAGAGAUCAAAGGUGUUCGAAAGACCGGAGGAAUCGGGCAGGCAGGCGUUCAAGUCGGAGGGCCGGAGCGGUGGGAAAGGGGUGAGAGGAUGUACGCUGGAAAGGCUGGGGAGGUUGGAGAAGCGUAA